GGUAUGUGGGAGGGGAGGCAAAACAGGGAAGAAUAACAGAGAGGAUGGUGAGUGGAAAGAAAAAGGAGUGGGUUCGGGGUGAGUUCUUCAGCUCUCUAUGACUAUAGACCUGUAGCUGUGAUCAGAAUCUGUAUUCGUCGUUGCUGCGACUGAAUACCAGGUGUUUGCUGAAAUGUCCCAUCAUCUUUUGUUGAGCCUCGCCGCUCUUCCAUGAUCUCUGUAAACAUGGAGCUCUUAAUGUGCUAUAUCUUCCUUUACCAAUCUUGUUCGUAUUCAGCUAUGUGAUGAAUCCUGUUCCUUCUCAUCUACCACUCCUCCUUCCAUGGUUUCCAAUGUUACCUCCGGACCCACCAAGAUCAAGAGCCUUUUGGGACACCACAAACACGCGAAAUCAGCUAGUGCAAUUACAAGAUACUCUUAGUCUUGCAAAAGCAAUGCAGAAAGAGUUGGAGGCACUGAUGAUAAUUAAAGAUGCCAAAGGGUCUCUGGAGGAUAUAGAAAAUGAUCCUUCUGUUUCAGGGGUUCUAAAAUAUUUGGAAAAUAGGAAUAUGAGUUUGGAGUCCCAAGACUCAUUUUCACUGGAAGCAGCAAACUCUUUGUUGUGUAAACUUAGGGCUCAGCUGGAGUCCUUUAGAUAUAUUGUUGAUGAAAGGAGCCCAUGGGAGGAGAAAUCAGCAGUGGUUAAGCUUGGGAAUAAAAUGCACAAGUCCAAGCGGAAUAAACUUUGGAGGAAAAGAAAGCGGAAACGCGUUGCAGAAAUGCUUGCAAAGGAGCAUGAAUGUUUCAACCAAGCUGAUCAAGAAGCUGAUGAGUGGAGGGCUAGGGAGAUUGCCAAGGAUAUAGCAAAUCGCAAGGUCGAAAAGAUGAAGGAAAUUGCAAAGGUCAAAGCAAAAGAAGAGAGAAAGAGGCUGGAAUCUGAGCUUGAGCUCGUUUUAAUUGUGGAAAAGUUGCAUGAGUUGAGGUCCCUAAGAAUCCAAAAAUUGAAGAAGCAAGGUCAUUUUCUCCCGGAGGAAGAUGACAAGUUUCUUGAGAGAGUUCGAGUUGCAGUUGAGGAAGAGGAGCGCCAAGCUCUGGCAGCAGCGGACACAGAUGCUGCAAAGGAUGCCAUUGCAACAGCUGAGGAAUCUAGGAAAACCAUCCAGAAUCAAGGAGUUGUCUCAAGAGAUCUGACGAUUGAAAAUGAUGGAGUCAAGGAACCAGAAGAUAAAAUAGCUAAAACUGAGGAGACUGAUGCAAUCACUGUUAAGGAAUCUGAAAAAAAAGGAUUCGAAGGACAGAGUUUUACCAGAGCAUAUGAUUCUGUGGCAAACUUACCAAUUGAGUUUUAUCACUAUUAUCAUGGCAGCAAUCAUGACAUGGGCACACUUAUAGAGGUUAGGAGAACAUGGGAUGCGUAUAUCAGACCAGGAGGAAGCCGCAUACCAGGGCACUGGGUUCAGCCACCACCUCCAGCGGAUGAGAUAUGGGCAUCCUACCUAGUGAGACCUAAAGAAUAACCUUGGUGGCAGUUUUGACCGUAAAAGACAGUGGUGCUGUAUGUUUUGCUUUCAAUAUGGAGUGAUUUUUUGUGUCCAAUGUUUUAGUUUGAUUAGGAUGCUUGUUUUGUAUCUGACAUUGCAAGAAUGCAGGAUCCAAACAUCUAUACACUACCUUUCUGAAUGUAUUUACAUACUUCUGAGCAAA